AUGGGUAUGGGUACACUUAAUAAAAGUGUGGGAGCUAUUCUAGGUGUGAAACAGUUCAAGCAUGUGAAACAGCCAGCAGCGGUGCCUCAGGUUGUGGGUAGUCAAGCUAGGACUAGUCAAGUUGGUUUUGAUGCUGGUACUAGUAAAGGUGAACAAACGCUUCAGCAAAUGGUUGAAAAGUUGGAGGCCCAAUUUGAAAAGUUCGAGGAUGAAAUGAAAGGGUCGUUGCAGCGUCUGGAGUCAAAAUUAGAUUGUUUUUAUAAGGACUUUAAAGAGAUCAGUUUGGACUGGUUACUGCAAGCAAAAGGAGACUUGUGGUUUAUGACCAAAGGCAAGGAGUUGGAUGAUGGAGGAGAGGUUAGAAUGCUUGAUGGAAAACUGGGCAGUUGA